AAAUGUGUAUCUGACGUUGAAGGAAGCGGGCUCGUUAAACAUGAAAUUCUGCCCUUGUCAACGACAUAGGUGAAAACUAUGAAAUUCAUCAAGCCGUCUUGGCUUUCUCAUAGCGGUAUGUCUGUUUGUUCGGUAUUUGCAUUGAUUCAAUAAAGAUGCACCGGUCGUGUCAUUUUAUUGAGGUCGCGUUUUGGCUGACUCUUGCGCUCAAUGCGCCUCGACAUUUAGGAGAGCAGAGAGACCACGAAGUCUACAGUCUUCAUGUAUCACCCGACGGUAAACGAUUGGCGACGGCUGCUGGAGGUAAGAAAGGAAAUCCAGAUUGAAAUUGGAGUCGCUAGGAGCAUAGCUGAAUAUCGGAAACAGAUGGCCAUGUUAGAAUCUGGUCCGUAGAGGCAAUUCUCGAAGCCGCUGGGGAGAACCCUCCUGCAAUACCGACACAAUUAUGCCAUAUGAGCUAUCACUCCGGCACUAUACAUACUGUUCGAUUCUCUCCGAACGGACGAUGGCUGGCUUCUGGAGCAGACGACAAGAUUAUUUGUAUUUAUCAACUGGAUACACAACCAGCAGCUCAUUCUGCAUCUUUCGGUAUCUUUGAGUCCUCAAUUUGCGGGCAGGCAACAAUAUUUGCUGACGAGGAAUAGGGACGAAUGAACCACCACCUGUAGAGAAUUGGAAAAUUGUUAAGCGUCUCAUUGGGCACGAUAGCGAUGUACAGGAUCUCGGUUGGUCUUACGAUUCUUCGAUCAUGGUAUCCGUAGGGCUGGACUCGAAGAUUGUUGUAUGGUCAGGGCAUACGUUCGAGAAACUCAAGACCCUCUCUGUCCAUCAAAGCCACGUUAAAGGAAUCACAUUUGACCCCGCAAAUAAAUAUUUUGCGACUGCUAGUGACGAUCGAACAAUUAAGCUCUUUCGAUUUACCUCGCCGCCACCUAACGCUACUGCGUAUGAGUGUAUGAAUAAUUUUACUUUUGAGCACUCGAUUGCGGCACCUUUUGCUUCAUCACCUCUUACAACAUACUUCCGACGAUGUUCUUGGUCACCAGAUGGUAACCACAUAGCUGCAGCAAACGCGGUCAACGGGCCUGUAAGCUCUGUAGCGAUUGUUAACAGAGGGGCUUGGGAUAGUGAAAUCAAUUUAAUUGGUCACGAGGGCCCAGUGGAGGUUUGCACAUUCUCGCCACGUUUGUUUAGCAAAACCGAAUUUACUCCAGAAACUACGGACCAAAACGGUUAUAGCACACAUCCUCUGGUUACAGUCAUCGCAUGUGCUGGACAAGAUAAAAGUCUUAGUAUCUGGAAUACUAGCAGUUCUCGGCCAUUACUAAUUUGCCAACACCUAGCUGCAAAGUCAAUUUCUGAUCUUGCUUGGUCGCCGGAUGGGCUCUCCCUUUUCGUCGCAAGUUUAGAUGGAACUAUAAUUGCUGCACACUUUCUUAAGGGCGAACUAGGACAUAUUGCACCAUUGACGGAAAAUGAAAAGGCCUUGAACAAAUUUGGGGGCAAUCGCAAAGGUGCUGGAGUUGUUGAAGACGUUGCGUCGAUUCAUUUAGAGGAGAUAAGCAGAGCCGACGAACGUCAAAAGACGGAAGGAAAAAUGAGCGCUCUUAUGGGAGGCUCCGGUCCUGGUUUGGCCAAUAAUGGGAACCUGUCGUCGACCCCAAUGAUUGGUAUUAUCAAUGCAGCCCCAGCCACGAAUGGCAACAGUCCCGUGCCACCGGCAGAGUCUCAACCGCCAGCUCCAGCCGAUCCUAAUGCAGAAAAAUUAGAUGCUUUGAAGCAACGAGUUACAAUUACAAAAGAGGGCAAGAAGCGUGUGGCGCCAUUACUUGUCUCCGCAUCGAGUACAGGAUUGUCAUCUUUACCUCAAUCUCAGCUCAUGGCAUCGAGUUCCAAUAAUGUUCAGAAUGAAGCCCCAGUAUCAAUACUAGAUCUUUCCAAACCUUAUGAUGGACUUCCGAGAGGUGGUCUCGCUGCUAUGCUCUUAGGCAAUAAAAGGAAAGCUAUUGCUAUGGAAGGUGAUGAAGAAGAUGAUGAUGAAUAUUCCCACAAGCGAUCAACACCAGUCGUUGGACCUGUUCCUAUAACAAUCAAUGGGGUUAGUGGGCUAGAGAAUGCUUUACCACUACCACCCCUAAACGGCGUUGUUCCAACCCCAGAGUUCAUUCGGCCAGCUGUUGUCAAUCCAUCGCUGUCGGUUAGUCAGGUGCGUUUGGCCGUACCAAAAAUUAGAAGCCAUGUGGUCAGAUCCCUUAACCGUGGUAAUCUAGCAUCAACAAACGGUAAUGGCGCUGCAGGGUCUGAUGAGGGUGCGAAACUGUCCGAGGAUGUUAUUCUCGAAGCUCGGAAUCCGAGUGUAACGGUGCCUGUUCAAGUUAAGGACCCGAGCCGAAUCAGUACCAUCAAACGAGGCAUUACAUUAUGGCAGGAUUUCCUUCCAAGAGCUGUCAUUUUAGUUACGGGGAACAAGAAUUUUUGGGCGGCCGCGUGUGAAGAUGGAAGCAUCUAUACAUGGACCCCUGCAGGUCGAAGAAUAUUCAAUGCUCUCGUGACUGAGUCUCAGCCAGUUAUCAUUGAAUGCCGAGGCUGGUGGUUACUUUGCAUCACAGCUGUUGGGCUGUGCCAUGUAUGGAAUCUGAAAACUCUCGCUUCGCCACAUCCACCUGUUUCAAUGGCCCCUAUUCUCGAAAUUGCCAUGCACUCCUUGGGCACGCAUACUACAUUUGCUCCGGGUGUAACUUCAGCUCAUCUCAACUCAACUGGACGUAUCGUUGUUACAUUAACCAACGGUGAUGGAUAUGUGUACUCACCUAAAAUGUUUGUUUGGCAACGAUUAUCUGAAGCAUGGUGGGCUGUUGGUAGUCAAUAUUGGAACUCCAAUGACUCCUCAAUCAGUAAUCUGCAAUCUACAGGAGUCGGGCCCGAGAGUCACAAAGAUGGCGAGAUUGAUAGCUCGAACUUAUCAGCAGGCAUCAUUCCUCAUCUAGAAAGACAUACUACAGGCGAAGUGCUACUUAAAGGUAGAGCCUACCAUCUCCAACGGCUUAUCAAGACCUUACUCUCCAAAGAUGGUUUUGAGGGCUUUGAGUCGGGCGUUAGUAUUGCUCAUCUCGAAAAUCGCGUUGCUGCCGCCUUGCAACUUCAAGCCAAGGAUGACUUCCGUCUCUAUUUGUUCAUGUAUGCGAAACGUCUUGGGGCAGAGGGGCUCAAGAACAAAAUUGAGGAACUUUUACGCAGCAUUAUGGGUGGCAUCUUACAAGAAAACAGUGAUAUCUCCGCAGCUGAAAAAGGCGAGGGAUGGAUGAGUGAGGAUGAAAAGUUGUGUGGAUGGGACCGGAAAGAGCUCCUGAAAGGAGUUGUAUUAAUAUUAGGUAAACCAGUCUUACCUUUACCCGUCCGAUAAUUGCAGAGUUCACAUGCUAAUACAUUUCAACAGGAAAAUAUCGAGACUCUCAAAGACUUACGGUGCAAUAUGCGAGAAUACUCGAUAUGGUUGAUGAAGAAAAUAUGUGAGCAAUUCUUGGUUAUGGAAGGAUGUAUUCAUUACAAAGGCGUUGUGGAUGGGCACUGGGCUUGACAUGAUGGCAUUAUUGAAUCUGGUGUCCUCGGUCCUGGCUUGGCAAUUCGGCCCUUGUGCGAGUAUCGUGUAAUCAUUGAUAAUACCCUGUAUGUGAUUUGAAAAGAUUUCUGAGAAUAUCGUUGGGUGGUUGAGGUGUGUGACAUUGUGAUCCUGACACGCAUAUAUUAGGUUUGUCCCACCGCGGCAAUGGUAGAAGAUGAUUUCCAUUGGCCACACACAACAUCUUCUAAGACACUCGGCACGAACUAAAUAGCGGGAACUGGACCUUAGACUCGAAAACACAUGGUUUUGUUGCAUAUCUAUAUGGUUGCACAACUAAAAUGGCGGGGAAGUUAUUUAGUUUGGUGUGGGGUAUUCGCUAGUGGCGGAUGUGAGAUAUAUAUUGCUGGUGUGUGGUGUGCAGUAUGGAUGUGCAGGGUAAAGAAGAGAGAUGUGAUAGAAAAGAUUUGGUUCGUAAGAUGAAUGUACGUGUGCAUCAGUGGAAUCAUGCAAAUGGUCGGAUCAGAAUGUUGUAUCCAAUGUUGUAGUCUUAGGUGAUUAGCCUGAUUAUCCAGUCACUCACUGAUCGCUAUGAGAUUGAACAACGCAUGGUCUAGAGCGCAAUUGAGGAAAUCAUUGUAUUUUCUUACUCGAGUAGGUAUUUUUACAUUAUAUUGGGUAGUCAUUUGAUGAAUAAAUACGAUGAAAACAAAUAGACCACUAUUUGUACAAGGUAUUACG